AUGGCAGGAUAUGGUGGUCUGUUACAUUAUACUCUCUCAAUGGAAUUUGCUCUUCAGAGUAUUCUUCGUUCGAUUGAUGGCUGUGUCGAGUCGAGAAUUGCUCGAACAGCUCAUUCUACAGUUUACUGCGUUAAAUCUGGCCUUUAUAAACGCCUAGUUGCUGUAAAAAUGAUUAAUGUAAAUACAAUGCCGAAAUCGGUUGCUGAGAAAUUUUUACCUCGCGAAUUACUGUUUACCCAAAUAGUUCGACAUCCACACAUUGCCCGCGCAAUAUCAAUUCGAAUACCUCAUCCAACUAAAAUUGCUAUCAUCAGUGAAUAUUAUUCCGGUGGAACUCUGCUGCAUCUGAUCCUUCGACGGAAGAGAAUCCCUGAAUUCCCACACGCUUGUCGUCUGUUCCGUCAAUUAACAGAAGCAGUCCAUUAUCUUCACGAUCGUGGUGUUGUGCAUCGUGAUAUUAAAGCUGAAAAUGUGCUUCUGGAUUCAAAUGGUGAUGUAAAACUUGUUGACUUUGGCUUUGCUCGUUAUAUCAACCAGAAAGAACGAUCGAAAUCCUUUUGUGGCACUAAACCUUAUUCUGCACCAGAAAUUGUUCAACAUCGACCGUAUGAUGCAUAUGCCAGUGACUGGUACGCGAUGGGUGUAUUACUUUAUACAAUGCUUACUGGGAAAUGGCCUCAUGAUUCAUAUGAAAAUGAUAAAAGAGUGUCAAACUGCAUGAUCUUUUCGAGAGAUAUACCUUCUCGUGCUGCGCGUACUCUAAUACUGUGCCUGAUGAAUGAAGAUUAUCGAUUCCGCGGUACCUACAACACUAUCCUCAACAGUGAAUGGAUGAAGACCUACAACAAAUGGCUUAUAGCUGACAAGCAUUUCACCUAUGAAGUUACCCGGACUAGUUAA